UGGUUUCCGGUGUUCCUGCCAUGGCGGUCCCUGACUCUCUGACGCUUUUCACGGGCCUCGGCCUGAGCGAACACAAGGCUCGAGAGACACUCAAGAACACGGCUCUGAGCACGCAGCUGCGUGAGGCGGCGACCCAGGCGCAGCAGACUUUGGGCUCUACCAUCGACAAGGCUACCGGGACUCUACUGUACGGUUUAGCUUCCCGUCUCAAGGAUACGCAGCGUCUUUCUUUUCUCGUGAACUACAUAGCCAGUAAGAAGAUCCACACAGAACUGCAGCUGAGCGCUGCACUGGAGUAUGUACGAAGUCAUCCUCUGGACCCCAUCGACACUGUGGACUUUGAGCAGGAAUGUGGUGUGGGUGUCAUAGUGACCCCAGAGCAGAUUGAAGAGGCUGUGGAAGUCACCAUAAAUAGGCACCGGCCCCAGCUCCUAGCAGAGCGUUAUCGGUUCAACAUGGGGUUGCUGAUGGGAGAGGCCCGGGCUGCGCUCAAGUGGGCAGAUGGCAAAAUGAUCAAGAAUGAAGUAGACAUGCAGGUCCUCCACCUUUUAGGUCCCAAGGUGGAGGCUGAUUUGGAGAAGAAACCCAAGGUGGCAAAAACAAAGCCAGAAGAAACAGACCGGAGGAAAGCAAAAGAUACGGAGAAUGGAGAUGCUGUUGGCCAGACCCUGUCUCUGAUGGAACAGCUCCGAGGGGAGGCCCUUAAGUUCCACAAGCCUGGCGAGAACUACAAGACUCCAGGUUAUGUGACCACCCCACAUACCAUGGAUCUACUGAAGCAGCACCUGGAGAUCACUGGAGGACAGGUACGGACCCGGUUUCCCCCAGAACCCAAUGGAAUCCUGCACAUUGGACAUGCCAAAGCUAUCAAUUUCAACUUUGGUUAUGCUAAGGCUAACAAUGGUAUCUGUUUUCUGCGCUUUGAUGACACCAACCCUGAGAAGGAAGAAGCAAAGUUCUUCACUGCUAUCUCUGACAUGGUAGCCUGGCUGGGGUACACCCCUUACAAAGUGACGUAUGCUUCUGACUAUUUUGAUCAGCUGUAUGCCUGGGCUGUGGAGCUCAUUCACAGGGGUCAGGCUUAUGUGUGUCAUCAGCGAGGGGAAGAACUCAAAGGUCAUAACCCUCUUCCUUCCCCCUGGAGGGACAGACCUAUUGAGGAAUCACUGCUGCUCUUUGAGGCCAUGCGCAAGGGCAAGUUUUCCGAGGGGGAGGCCACACUUCGGAUGAAGCUGGUGAUGGAGGAUGGCAAGAUGGAUCCUGUAGCCUAUCGAGUCAAAUAUACCCCCCAUCACCGCACAGGGGACAAAUGGUGCAUCUACCCCACUUACGACUACACACACUGCCUCUGUGACUCCAUUGAACACAUCACCCACUCACUCUGCACCAAGGAAUUCCAGGCCCGACGAUCUUCCUACUUCUGGCUAUGUAAUGCACUGGACGUCUAUUGCCCUGUUCAGUGGGAGUAUGGCCGCCUCAACCUCCACUAUGCUGUUGUUUCUAAGAGGAAGAUUCUCCAGCUCGUAGCAACUGGUGCUGUGCGGGACUGGGAUGAUCCCCGGCUCUUCACACUCACAGCGCUGCGACGGCGUGGCUUUCCACCCGAGGCCAUCAACAACUUCUGUGCCCGAGUGGGGGUGACAGUGGCUCAGACCACAAUGGAGCCACAUCUUCUGGAAGCCUGUGUGCGUGAGGUGCUCAAUGACACAGCCCCACGAGCCAUGGCUGUGCUAGAGUCCCUAAAGGUUGUCAUCACCAACUUCCCUGCUGUCAAGCCCUUGACCGUCCAGGUGCCCAACUUCCCAGCUGAUGAGACCAAAGGCUUCCACCAGGUUCCUUUUGCAUCCACUGUCUUCAUUGAGAAGACUGACUUCAAGGAGGAGCCAGAACCAGGCUAUAAGCGCCUAACCUGGGGCCAGCCCGUGGGCCUGAGACACACAGGCUAUGUCAUUGAGCUGCAGCAUGUUAGCAAGGGUCCCAAUGGCUGUGUGGAGUGCCUAGAGGUCACCUGCAGACGGGCUGAUACUGGAGAGAAGCCCAAGGCCUUUAUUCACUGGGUGUCAGAGCCUCUGAUGUGCGAGAUUCGCCUCUAUGAGCGAUUAUUCCAGCACAAGAAUCCUGAAGAUCCUGCCGAGGUGCCUGGUGGAUUCUUAAGUGAUGUGAACCCGGCAUCACUACAAGUGGUGAAGGCAGCGUUAGUGGACUGCUCUGUGGCCCUGGCAAAGCCUUUCGACAAGUUCCAGUUUGAGCGCCUUGGGUACUUCUCCGUGGAUCCAGAUAGCCGCCAAGGACAGCUUGUCUUCAAUCGAACUGUCACACUAAAGGAGGACCCAGGAAAGAUGUGAACUUGGAAGCGUUAUGGAUCUACCUCAUCCUGGAGAUUGGGGGUGCCAUCAUCACCCUCUCCUCCAUGUCAAUAAACAAUAGCU